AUGGCGACUUCUCAGCGUGUUGUCAUUAUCGGCGCCGGAAUCGUCGGCACCAAUCUGGCCGAUGAGCUGGUUUCAAGAGGAUGGAAGGACAUCACAGUUGUUGAGCAGGGUCCUUUGAGUAUGCCGGGUGGUUCUACAUCACAUGCCCCCGGCCUGGUCUUCCAAACAAACCCUUCGAAAACAAUGACGUUGCUCGCAAAAUACACUGUCGAAAAGCUGUCAGCCCUGGAGAAGGAUGGACAGAACUGCUUCAACCAAUUGGGUGGCUUGGAAGUUGCGACUACACCGGAGCGUUUGGAAGAGCUCAAGCGCAAGCAUGGAUAUGCACAGUCUUGGGGCAUAGAGGCCCGCUUGAUCACUCCUGAAGAGUGCCUUGAGAAGUACCCUCUCCUGAACAAGGACAUCGUCCUUGGAGGUCUACACAUCCCAAGCGACGGCCUCGCAUUGGCAGCUCGCGCAACACAAAUUCUCAUCGAGAACACACGCAACGCCGGCGUAAAGUAUCUCGAACAUACUCUCGUUACUGGUAUUGAGCAAGCAAACGGCCAAGUAACCGGCGUCACAACAAACAACGGUUCAAUCCCAGCGGACAUAGUCGUUUCAUGCGCAGGAUUUUGGGGCGUAGAGAUUGGCGCUAUGAUCGGUCUCAAGGUUCCGCUCCUUCCGCUCGGUCACCAGUACGCAAAGACGACACCCGUUCCCGGUCUCCAAAACCGUGAAGUUAACGGAAAGAUCAAUGCUAUGAACGCCGAAUACCCGAUCCUGCGACACCAAGAUCAGGACUUAUACUAUCGAGAGCAUGGAGAGCAAUUUGGCAUUGGUUACUACGGCCAUCGCCCAAUGCCUGUCAAAGCUUCUGAGUUGGGUGUCACUCCCAAGCAUGUCGAUGAGAAGAGUAUGCCAUCUCGAUUAGACUUCACACCCGAAGACUUUGAGCCAGCUUGGCAAGCCACCAAAGAACUACUUCCCGCUCUGCGCCAGACUGAGAUUGUAGACGGUUUCAACGGAAUCUUCUCUUUCACACCUGACGGCGGAUCCGUGGUUGGACAAGCUCCUAACCUCGACAAUUUCUGGGUAGCUGAGGCGGUUUGGGUCACCCACUCAGCCGGUGUGGCUCGGGCUGUUGCAGAGACGUUGACAGAGGGCCGAUCGACUGUCGACAUCUCCGAGUGUGAGCUAACACGAUUUGAAGAAGUCCAACUGAGCCCAGAGUACGUCAGCGAAACUUCGCAGCAGAACUUUGUUGAGAUCUACGACAUCAUCCACCCUCUCGCACCUAAGGAAAGCCCCCGAAACCUCCGAGUUAGCCCUUUCUACGCCCGACAGAAGGAACAGGGCGCGUUCUUCCUCGAAGUUGGAGGAUGGGAACGUCCACACUGGUAUGAGGCAAACGCUGGAUUGGUACAAACUUUGCCAGACGAGUGGAAACCAGUCGACCGUGACGCCUGGUCAUCCAAGUUCUAUUCGCCCAUUGCUGCCGCUGAAGCGUGGAAGACACGAAAUGCUGUAGCAUUAUACGACAUGACUACCUUUCACCGUUUCGAGGUAUCUGGACCUGGUGCAGUUCACCUGCUUCAGAGACUUACAACUAGCGACGUCUCUGCAAAGCCUGGAAGUAUCGUUCAUACCUUGCUCGUCAACGCUCAUGGCGGUGUCUUGAGCGACCUUUUCGUAUCCAGGAUCGAAGAAGAUCUGUUCCAGGUGGGCGCCAACACUGCAACCGACCUUGCAUACCUCAUCCGUGAGGGCCGCCAUCAGGAAAAGCACACACCCGGUAAAUGGAUUCAAGUGCGAGACAUUACAGGCAGCACUUGUUGUCUUGGUCUUUGGGGCCCUAGGGCUCGGGAUGUCAUCCAAACAGUCAGCUCAGAUGACUUCAGCAACAAGGGACUACCUUACAUGGGUGUCAAGAAGACCAGCAUAGCAGGCAUUCCUGUCACUAUGUUCAGGAAGUCUUUUGUAGGAGAGUAUGGAUGGGAGAUCCAGACUACGCCUGACUUUGGUCUGCGACUUUGGGAUCUGUUAUGGCAGGCAGGGAGACCUCAUGGACUCAUCGCUGCUGGCCGCGCAGCGUUCAAUGGUCUACGAAUAGAAAAGGGCAUCCGAGCGUCAGGAUCCGAUAUGAAUUCUGAGCACAACCCUUGGGAAGCUGGAGUAACAUAUGCGAUCCAACUGGAUAAGAAGGCAGAAUACGUUGGUAAAUCUGCUUUGGAGAAGCUUUCGAAGAAGGUUGCUCCUCGCCGGCUCAGGUGUCUCACCGUCGAUGACGGUCGAUCAAUGGUGCUGGGCAAAGAGCCAGUCUUUGUCAAGGGCCAAAGAGCUGGCUAUGUCACUAGUGCAGCUUUCGGUUACACUGUCAGGAAGCCUGUGGCAUAUGCAUGGCUUCCAAGCAACAUUAGUGAAGGGGCGUCAGUGGAGAUCGAGUACUUUGGCAAGAAGAUCAAGGCCACAGUGACUCGCGACCCUCUGCACGAUCCACAAGAGCGCCGUCUGCGUGGUGAAGGAUCAACUGCUCAGCCAGAGCUACAGAAGAGGCUGAAGUCGCUCCUAUGA